UCACUAAAUAAAGUUAAAAAUGGCCGAAUAUUCUCAAACCGGGUCAAAACCAGACGUGGACCGGGCCGACAGGGGUCGCGUCCGGUCCGAGUACCCCUGGACCGCCCUAGAACCUGAUCCCUAUAAAUACCUUCCCUCCCCUUCAACCCGUUUCCUCUGUUUGCUGAAACCCAUCCAUUUCAUUGAUUUCCAGCCCGUCUCCCGAACCGAAGGACCCCAAAAGAUCACCGUCCUCUCGAUCGAAACCCCAACUAUGUCGGGUAGAUUGCUGAAGAAAGUCCUCAGAGAACAAGAAGAGGAACGGCUGCGGAAGUUCGCGGAUCCUGAAGUCGAUGACGCCGAAGAAUCGGACACCUCUCCCGAUCGCCCUGCUCCUUCCCGCAACCUCUUCGAUCUACUUGACGAUCAGGAGGUUGAACUGGAUAAUGAUGAUGAAACCUCGACGGGAGAUGCUGAUGCACAAGAAUCAUCUGUGACCAAAGUUUCCUCUGAUGUAAUUCAAUCAACUAAUCGCAAAACCAAGAAGAAAAAGAAGAGAAACAAGGAGGAUCCAACUUCUGCUAAAAAUAACACUGAAAAACAACUUGAUCUGAUUUUAGAAAGUUUAUCCAUUGAUACAAAUCGCCAGGCAGAGUCUGUGAAAACCAAAACAGCAAAUGCAAAAGGUCAGGCAAACUCUGUGAAGCAUUGCGCAUCAUCCAUAUUAGCAGUGGAACCCAAAUUUUUAAGGGCUGAAAACGAGCUGCGAAGGAUUUUUGGUUCUAAAGUUGUGAGUUCUUUUGAGAAUAAUCACAACAGUGGUAGCUCAAGGCAGAUGCAUGGUGGAAGACGUGGUCCACGUGGAAGCCACAACCCUAGAAAGACUAUUCUUGUUACUCCAUCAGGCUUUUGGCCACGCUGGGAUGGAUCUUUGUCAAUGGAACUUCUGGAAACUAAGGAUGACCAGCAUUUUUUCAGAUAUGUGCAUUCAUCUUCCUACAUUCAAGCACAGAGAGCAUUUGAAGCCGCAAAAGCCAUUCAUGAUCUCAAUGGUAUUGCAAGCAUCUUAGCAUACCACCCUUACCACAUUGAGUCGCUCUUAGCCAUUGCAGAUGUGUUAAAGUUUUCAGGAGAACAUCAGUCAUCUGCUGAUGCUAUUGGGAAGUGUUUAUUCGCAUUGGAGUGUGCAUGGCAUCCAUUGUUCAGCCCGCUGCAGGGAAACUGCCAAUUGAAAUAUGGCCAUGACACCAAUAAACCCAUAUUCUCUGCUCUUUUCAGUCACAUGCAAAACAUGGACAGGCGUGGCUGCCACCGAUCAGCUCUCGAGGUCUGCAAGCUGUUGCUUUCACUGGAUUCGGAUGAUCCAAUGGGAGCAAUCUUUUGCAUUGAUUACUUCUCUCUGAGGGCAGAUGAAUAUGCAUGGUUGGAACGGUUUGCUGAGGAGUAUAGAAGUGACAACUCUCUUUGGCUGUUCCCCAACUUCUCAUACUCCCUUGCUAUUUGUCGUUUCUAUCUCGAACGUGAUGCUGCAUCUGAAGCUUCCACUGCACAUACUGAAAAGGCUACGUCGGUGGAUCUCAUGAGGCAGGCUUUGAUGCUUCACCCUUUAGUCCUGAAAAAAUUAGUUGAGAAGGUGCCCCUAAAGGAUUCAGCAUGGACAGAAAUACUCAAGCAUGCCUUUUUCGGAUCUGCUAAGGCAGGAAGCCCCUCCUUGGAUCACCUGAUUAGUAUAUAUGUAGAAAGGAAUUAUCUUUUGUGGAGGUUCCCAGAUCUGCAGAAAUUGUUGAAAAAGGCUGCUCAACUAGUGAUUGAAUCUUUGAAUCUUAAUGGCAGCGAAGCUAGAGAUUGGGCUUGUGUCAGGAAAGAGACUUUCCUAUCAGAAAAAAAUGAGUAUUCCCAUCUACUGAUCUCAGAUUUCUCCGAUUCAGUUUCAACAAUGCCUGAUGACCUGCGGAACUUGAUGAUUGACCCACAUAUGGCACAUGCCAUGCAGAAUGUAGACCAAGCUGCCAAUCCUGAGGGAGCCCGUGCUCCACGUGAAGUCCUGAACCGGCAUCCAAUGAUGGUCUUAUUGGAAUCGGUGCUUCCGUGGAUCCAUUAUGGAGACAAUGCGGAUGGCCAUCAGAUGGAUCAUAAUGCUGAAGCCAAUGAAGAAUGAUCUCUACCGGUGAUCUUAAUGCAGAUUCCUGGCUGCUAGUUGGUUGAUUGAAUUUGUGAGCAAAUGCUAUGUGGACGCGGAAGCACCCAAUUGCAUGUGCUAGUGAAGAUGACAUGGGAACCUUGCAAGAGGAGGAGAUAAUCGCAGAGGUACUUUUUCAUUCUGGGUAUGCCUAAGCUCUAACAAAUGGAUGAUGUGUGCCCAUGCAUGCCAAGUGUACGGAAGUAUAUUAUCUUUAACUUGAGUAGUUUCUUGAUGUUGGAAAAUAUCAAAUAAUAGCGAUUUUCAGUAAAUGCUGUACUUCUUACUGAUAUUAUAUCAUAGUUGCAUUUGUACCUGUGAAAAGAAAAUGAGAAAAAUUGGUUGUGGA